AUGGAGAAUUUGGUCGAGUCAGUGAAGAGAGACAAUACUCGCAUUGCUGAAGUGGAGAGAAUGACUUCCGAUGAAAACAACCAAGUCGAAGAAAUUGUCAGAAGCGCUUAUUAUUUCCGCUGUUUUCGAGCAGAAUUGGAUUAUCUUGAUUCUUUUUAUGAAUAUAUUAUAAAAUAAAGUUUCACAUAUGAAUUUUAAAUUUAACCGUUAUUUAGACAAAAAAUUUAUAGAGAAAACACACUUUUUGGAAUCAUUAACUACUGAUAAUUUUAAUUUGUUGCAAGUGAAAGCGAAAAAUAAAAACUAUUUUGGCUUUCUUGACCUCUCAUAUCCUCAACAGAUUACUUAUUUAUCCAUCAACUCUAACUGAUAUCCCUCUUGGAGCAUUUCUAAUGUCCUGAAGUCCAUUACAAAGAUCAGUCCUAGAGUGUUGAAUGAGAUACAGAUCUUUUACUUUAAAAUCAAUGCUCCCCAGUUCAAGAGAAUCAUGGCUUCAUAUAAGCAUGUUCAAAGGAUAAAUAUAAAUUGUUGUAAACUCUCGAUUCCCUCAGUCCUCAACUUUUCUCAGUCUUUGAGAAAUACAAAGAUCAAAAAGCUUGAUUUCUGUUCUUGAGGAAACUCCGAGUUUUCUGAUUGGAAAAGUAACCCUCAAGAGUUCAUAAAUCUAAUCCAAGGGUUAGCUUCGAUCCCAGACUUAAAGCAGAGUCUUCAGAGCAUAUAUGUAGGUGGUUGUUGCGUCUGAAAGAACCAAAUCAAAGACAUUCUGGACAAGUAUGAACUUAAUGAUGUCAACAUUUUUACAUAAAAGUGG